AUGCCUCAAUAUCGCAUUGAAAUCUCGCCCAACAACCGGGCCGGUUGCAAGGACACCGUUUGCAAGGAAAACCAGACCAAGAUCCUCAAGGGCGAGAUCCGUUUCGGCUCCUGGGUCGAGAUCCAUGACCAUGGCAGCUGGAGCUGGAAGCACUGGGGCUGUAUUUCUGGUGCCCAGGUAAUGCAUUUGCAAGAGGCCUGCGAUCAAGGCGACGGAACUCUCAACUUUGAUGCCAUUGACGGUUUUGAUGAGCUCAAUGACCACGCCGACAUCCAGGAAAAGAUCCGUCGUUGCGUCCGUCAGGGUCACAUUGACCCCGAGGACUUUAUGGGAGAUCCGGAAAAGAAUGUGCCUGGCGAAAAGGGUAUCCGCAUGACCGCAAAGCAGAGGGCUGCCAAGGAGAAGGCGGCGGCUGCAGAGGAUGUUCCCGAGGAGGAGGAAGCGCCCAAGAAAAAGGCUACCAAGCGCGGCCUCAAGAAGGGAGAUAUCGACGACGACGAGGACGGGCAACCCGCCGUCAAAAAGGCCAAGCCUUCCAAGGCUGCGAAGCCCACCAAGGCGGCCACUCCUGCCGCAGGCCGAGGCAAAUCAACUGCUAAGAAGCCAGUUGCCAAGGAUGAAUCCGAUGCCGCGGCCACCGAGGAGGAGGAGGCUCCGGCGAAGAAGGCCCGCAAGCCUUCGGCCAAGGCCACCGGGGCUUCUAAGGGCAAAGAGUCGGCCAAGGCCCGUGGCAAAGCGGACGAUGCUGCCAAUGACACGCCCAAGAAAACCCGCAGGUCUUCCAGGGUAGUGGCCAAGUCCUCCACGGAAGAGGAUGAGAGCGUCGACUCGGAGGAGGAACCUGCUCCAGCAGCCAAGGGCAAGCGAGGGGCCAGGUCCAAGGAACCUGCCGCCGAGCAGCCCAAGCCCCGUCGUGGCCGACCCCGCAACACCUAG